AUGUCCAAUAUAUCAAUCACUACAUUAGAAGUUUUUCCACCUGAAAUAUUUCUUGAAAUAUUUUCGUAUAUGAAUGGCUAUGAUAAUUAUAAAGCAUUUUAUGGCCUUAAUCAUCGUUUAUCAACAUUAAUAUUAACCUAUGGCAUGAAAUAUAUCGAUCUAAGCAAGAUAACAGUCAACGAAAGUCGAAAGAUGAUUUCAACUAUAAAUUGUUCAAAUGUAAAUAGUCUUAUAUUAUCUGAUGAAUAUUAUGAUGAACAGAUAGAUCGAAUUUUAGAUAACAAUUGUUUUCCAUUGAAAAGUAUGGUUUCUUUAAAUGCAUUAACGCUUGAUUCGAUCGGAUUAUAUACAAUGUAUACAAUUGCUCAUCAACAUUUUCAGUUAGACAAUCUGAAAUCAUUGAUAAUAUCAUUUCGAUCUAAUUUAUGUGCAGAAAAAGUAUCAAAUAUGUACAGAGUUGUUCUUUAUCAUUUUAGUUCCCGUUUUAAAUCAUUAAAAUACUUAUUUUUAUCGGCAUCAAAGGAUAAGGAAAUUAUUUGUCAUAAUGAAUUACUGUCACUUAAUGAUUCUCUAUUAUCAAAAAAUAUAUCUUCGACUGUACAACAUUUAUUUUUACAUAAUAUACGAACUAACGAUAUAGAAAACAUACUUUCACGUUUUCCAAAACUUCAGUAUUUAAGUGCAAAUGUUAGAUUAAAUAGACACAUUACUGAUUAUCCGUUAUCAUUAAAUUUAAUUACUUGUCAUUUAAAAGUACCUUUAUAUACGCUAGAAUUACUUGUUAACUUAUUGAAACAAUGUCCUAAUUUAGAAGAAUUAACACUUUCUUUUAUUCCAAUAAAUUAUGAUGAUUUAAAUAGUUAUGAAUGGGAAGAUUUAAUUGAAAAAUAUUUAUUAAAACUUAAACAAUUUAUAUUAUAUAUAAUCCCAUUUGAAAAUGAAAUGGAUAUUGCACAAGCUUUGAUUAAAGAUGACUUUUUACAAAAUCAGUUUUGGUUAGAUCGAAAAACAAAAAUUGAGAUCAUUGAUGGUGAAUCAAUAGAUAAUGAUGAUAUGGAAACAAAAAUUAUGAUUAAAUUUUCAAUUUAA